UGGUCUGCAGGAACACUGUAGAGAGAGAGAGAGAGAGAGAGAGAGAGAGACACGGAUCUGCAGAAGCUCUGAAGGAAACAGAAGCCUCUGAUAAUCAGAGCAGUAUGGAUGUGUAUGGGCUGAGGGGUCCCCUGCAGGCGAUCGCGGAGGAGAUGGCGGUCAGUGAGGAAGAAGAGGCUGAGGGUGAUGAAGAAGCGUUUGUGGUGGUCAGGAAGCGCCCUGUGACCUCUGACCCUGCUGCUUCCUCGGACAUGUACUGCAGUGACUGUGGGACCCCGGCACACUCCGGACAGCACACACACCACAGGGUAGUCCCUCUGCCGGACGCUGUGCAGGACAUGAAGGCAGAGCUGGGUAAAAGCCAUAGCCGGCUGACGGAGAAGAUCAGCCAAAUGGAGAACUUUGCAAGUAACUUGGAGGAGAUCUUCAUCACUGUCGAGGAAAACUUUGGGCGUCAGGAGCAGAACCUGGAGCAGCACUACAGUGACGUUCUGCAGACUCUGGCUCAGAGGAACAGUGAGAACAGCACUUCCCUGCAGGAUCAGAAGAAGCAGAAGCUGGAGGCGCUGUACGGGCAGCUGCUGGCAUGCGGGAGCCUGCUGGACACCGGCAAGGAGCUGAUCGAGAAUGCACAGGAGCUGCACCGCUGCACCAACAGAAACGCCUUCCUGCAGGCUGUUAUGCCGGUCAUUAAGAGGAUUGAGAAUUUUGCAAAGGAGGAGGUGGAGCUGAAGGUAGGCGUGUCUAUGGAGUUCACUACGCCCCCUGUAGACCUGACAGGCGUUAAACAGAUGAUGGAAUCUAUCAAUGUGGUUCCAGCUCCCUCUGCUCCGGUGAUGAACCCUCAGGUUGUGAACUCUGCUACUACCUCAUCUCUGCGCGUGUGCUGGAGCUUAUUCUCAGACGACACUGUGGAUUUCUAUCAGCUCUACUGCCGUCAGAUCUCUGAGGACAUCACUAUAGAAAUGGAACAGGAUGUGUCAGUGCGGAGAGUGAAGGAGACACACUGUGUGGUGAAGGAUCUGCUGCCGAAUGCACAGUACGAGUUCUGGGUCACAGCAACAAACACUACCGGCAUCAGCCCCACCAGCGAGAGAGCAGUAUACAUGACUGUCCCCUCUCCCCCUAUCAUUAGGCCGCAGGAGUGUUUGAGCUGUUUGGAAGCAGCACUGGUUCGAUGGGACUCAGGAAACACCAACCCUGUGGAGUCAUACACACUGGAGCUGAGCGAGGCUGAUACACACAGCAGUGUGACUGAGUCCAUCGUAGCGAUUCCCACCUGCGAGUGUUUGGUUCAGCUCCAGCCAUGGAAACGCUACGUUAUCCACAUCCGAGCUGUUAAUAUAGGGGGCGCCAGUGAGAGGAGCCCACCGAUUACCAUCUCUACCACUGGUACGUUUUUCCCUCUGCUGAAGGAGACAGCUCACCCCUCUCUCUCUGUAUCACCUGAUGGGUUCACCAUGUUCUACCUAGACGAGGAUCUACCAAUCAGUGAGAUGGUCUUCAGUGACAGCAACUUCUCUAGCUGUGUGGCUGUGCUGGGUGACCUGAUCCCGAUCCGAGGGCAGCACUACUGGGAGGUGGAGGUGGAUGAGUGGGCGGAGUAUCGUGUGGGCGUGGCCUAUGAGGACACACAGCGUACCUCCUACCUGGGCGCUAACGCCACCUCCUGGUGUAUGAGACACAUCCGCACCCCCUCCAGGCACAAGUACGAGUUCCUGCAUAACGGCUGGAGUGCAGACGUGCGGAUCACAGUGCAGCCGCUGCAGAUCGGAGUGUUCCUGGAUUACGAGCGCGGAAUUCUGUCUUUCUAUAACGCACACCUGCACCAGCACCUGCACACCUUCACCUGCUGCUUCCACCACUACGUUCUGCCCUGCUUCGCCCUGGAUAAACCCGGAGCUCUGACACUACAGACAGGCCUGACCACUCCCAAAUACAUCACACACCCCUAAACACAACUCUGACCCCGGAGAGUGAAGGAGCUCUGCAUGUCUGAAGCCUCCGGGAAUGAGCAAGAUAUUCCUCCAACUCAUCCAGUACAGCUGAAAGACUUUAAACCCAGGACUAAAGAGUUUCCUGCUUCACUGCUGGGGAGCUGUGUGCAUUUAUCAUUUAAUUUGUUUGCACCACUGGAACACCAAAGAAUUCUAGAAAUUAAAUAAUUAAAUGUUCUGCUGAAGAAAUUGU